AUGGGAGCUGCUCUGUCGGUCGGCCUGGUGUUGUUGCUGUUCAUGUAUCACGGAUCAAUAACCACUUCGAUCCCUUUCGCGACACAUAAUCGCUACGACAACUCCAGGCCUCAGAUCCCAUUGCGAUUGCUCCCGCUUGGCGACAGCACCACCAAAGGGGGCAUGUUCGAUGGCGAAAACAGCUAUCGUCCUGCUCUGCGAAAUCUGUUGAUUGGUUCUGGUCGCACAGUCGAUUACAUUGGCAACUUGACCAAUGGCGACCAUCUAGAUAACAAACACGAAGGGCACGGCGGAGCUCUCAUCAGCGAGAUUCAGGCUUUCAUUGCCGAAGACGAGAUCCUGCUGCAGCAUCCCAAUUUGGUAUUGCUCCAUGCAGGAACCAAUGACAUGAACAGCGUCUUCGGCUUGGCCCCGCAGGAGCCCUACGAGGAAGGUCCUGCGCGAUUAGAGUCUCUGGUCGAUGCGGUCCUGUGUGAAUGUCCCGAUGCAGUCGUAGUCGUGUCCAAAAUCAUCCGUAACACGUCAUGGCAGACGAGAGUGGACGCGUUCAAUGCGGCCAUCGAUGACAUUGCGGUGCGACGACAGGCCAAGGGUUAUAAAGUGUGGGUGGCCGAUCACUCGGCAAUUGGAGGAUCAGACCUGAUCUCAGAUGGUGUGCAUCCUUCUGUUCUCGGCUACGAGAAGAUGGCGCUGGCAUGGUUCCAGGCGAUACAAGAAUUUCCAUCAGAUUGGGUACAACCUGCGAGAGCACCAAGCCUGGAACCUGCCCCGGAAUGCCGCGCGAGGAGUCGUUCAUGA